UUCACUACCGCCCCAAUCGGAAUAGUGGGUGGAAGAGCUCUGGGACUCUGGGACGGGUGUGUUCUAAUUUUAGCCGGCGAUCGGUACCUGAACUCAGCACGCCGCCGCCAUUUUUCGUGCACACAUGUCCAGCUUCACAUGUCCACUCUUCCUCCACAUCAGCUGGUCAUCACCUUUCUUUUUUUUUUCGCUACAAUCAAUUGGACUGAAAAACACUUGCCAGGGAUUUUCAACUCUACUUUGAUUGCCUCACUCUAAGCAACUUGCCCAAAGAAGCUACCCGCCCGCCUCACCGCCUACCCCUCCACCCCACCUUCUCCACGCUUUUGAAGUCAACAAUCCCAACCUCCUGAGAACAACUUGAGCCAUACGCAGCCAUUGCCACAAAGUACAAUUGCGAUACGGACACACCUUGCUCAAAGAACUUGAAACUCACUAUCCGCCAAUACAAUGUCUCUCCAAGUCCCCGUCACCGACGACACUACGCCGCUUUUCAGCCACGCCCUCAUUUCACCCGAAGUCGCAUCCCAACUCCCCGAAGGCUACACAAUCCGGCCGCUGCAGAGGGCUGAUUAUGCAAAGGGCUUUCUGGAUGUCUUAAGGGUACUCACCACCGUCGGCGACGUUACUGAAGAAGCCUGGAACGCCCGCUACGAGUGGCUCUCCCAUCACAACGACGCAUACUUCCUGCUUACCAUCCUCGACCCCUCCAACAAAAUCGUCGGCACGGGCGCCCUCAUCGUCGAGCGCAAGUUCAUCCACAACCUCGGUCUCGUCGGUCACAUUGAAGACAUCGCUGUCGCCAAGGACCAGCAGGGCAAGAAGCUGGGUCUCCGCAUCAUCCAGGCUCUCGACUUUGUCGCCGAGAAGGUCGGCUGCUACAAGUCUAUCUUGGACUGCUCCGAGGCAAACGAGGGCUUCUACGUCAAGUGCGGAUUCAAGCGUGCGGGGCUCGAGAUGGCGCACUACUAUGGAGGUAACAAGCCUAAGGGUGGCGCUCAGUAG